AUGGCAUCGUUUCAGGUGAUGCGUUCUUCAAAUUCUAGAAACUCGGAUCUAUCUCAUCGUAUCCCCUCUUCUUCUUCUUCUUCGUCUAUAAGACCUCCUCAACAGCAGUUCAUGCGAGAUCUCACUAUCGGCGGUUACUGCGGAAGAAACGACGGAGGUUUAUUAUACAGUUCUACUUCGAUGACGGUUGAAGGUAUUUUACACGAUGCUUUCGCUUCAGAUCCACCUGCACCGACGGAGUCAUCGCUUCUAGACGCUUCGAUUACUCUCAUGGAUGCUUCUCCUGCACCGACGACGGUUGUUUCUGAUGCUGUGGAUCACGGCGGAGGAGGAGGAACGGAGACGACGCGUGAGGGGAGGAGUGUUGAUGAGGUUUGGAGAGAUAUGGUAUCAGGAGAAGGGAAAGGUAUGAAGGAAGAGACGCAGGAAGAGAUUAUGACGUUAGAGGAUUUUCUAGCGAAAGCUGCUGGGGAAGACGAAGGUGGAGCGGCGGUUACCACGGAUGAUUUGGAUGUGAAGAUUCCGCCGCCGACGAAUUACGGAUUCGAUCAUUCUGCUCCGCCGCAUAAUCCGUUUCAGAUGAUUGAUAAAGUUGAAGGUUCGAUUGUUGCGUUUGGGAAUGGUUUCGAUGUUUACGGCGGAGGAGGAGGAGUAGGAGCUGGUGGUGGUGGAGGUGGAGCGAGAGGGAAGAGAGCUAGAGUAAUGGUUGAGCCAUUGGAUAAAGUAGCUGCACAGAGACAGAGAAGGAUGAUUAAGAAUCGUGAAUCUGCUGCUAGGUCUAGAGAGAGGAAACAAGCUUAUCAAGUUGAGUUGGAAACUUUGGCUGCGAAGCUUGAGGAAGAGAAUGAGUUGCUUUCAAAGGAGAUUGAAGAUAAGAGGAAAGAGAGAUACCAGAAGCUGAUGGAGUGUGUGGUUCCUGUGGUCGAGAAACAGCACCAGCAGCAGCAACCACCGAGGUUUUUACGCAGGAUUCGGUCUUUGGAAUGGUGAAAAAAAGAAGAAGUUGGUGACAGAGAUGAGAUACCUGUAAGGCUGUAACCACCCAAAUUUCAGAGGUAAUACACAGACUCGGCUCAGGAGUUCAUUAUUGUUUUAGAUGAAUUGAAAGCGUGUUGUAUGGUAACAGAUACUGAUAAUUUGCGACUCACACAUCUUCGUGCUGCAUAGUCGAGAUAGUACCCACCGAAUCGAGCUCUUUCAUUUGGUUCUGAAGAGCUUGGUCUUUAUUCCCAAGCCAUUGAGCCAUGUAUGUGGAGGUAAAGCGAACAGAAGCACAGUGAACAGCAAAAUAAAUUCAAUCUAGUAUACCUUUUGGUGAACACUGAGAAUUCAAGGGCACUCAAGACCACUGAAAGUAUAGCCAAACCACAAAACGCCGGUUCAGACUUCAGACUGCGUUAUCUCCAAAAAGCAAAACUGAAUCUAGUAUAUCUCCUUCCUUAGUGCCUUUCUGAACCUGCUUCCUUGAAAUUUGUCCGCAAAAUCAACAACUUCCAUAGGGCCUUUCUGAACCACUUAUAUGACUUCUUAUAUGAAUUAAUAGAGAACCAAACAUGACCUGUACGUAUCUGCCAUCUGCCAUUGUUCACCGGAGCAGUUACAGAGAAUAGUAAUCUUACACUGGAAGAUUCGUGGCUUAUUCAUUAAAGGCAAUGGAUUUCAUUCAGGUCUAGUACCUGGUCCGUUGAUUGGUACCACUUGACAGGUUUGAUUUUACUAUAGAUUUAUAUAAAAGGGUUCCAUGUGGUCUUCUUGAAUAUGAUGUGUAGUAAGCAUACUUUUGUUCUAUAUACUUGUUUCUUCGUUGUUGA